AUGACUCUGCUUAUUGUUAUUACCGAUAAUAAGUACUAUUUUUUACAAACUGCUGCUGCUAACGCUGAUACUGUUAUCAGUGGUAACAAUAACAUUACUGAUAUAUCACCGAUUAUCAUCAAUGAUGGACAAAAGCCAGGCACAUCACGUGAUUACUCAGAACUUUCAGCGUACAAUCGUUUGAGGCAUUCCGAACGGCAAAGACGACGAUAUAAGCAAAUGCUUCAGAAACAACAUCAGAAGCAGCAGAAACAUCGACCUGAUAGCGAACCUUUCAGCAACUUACGAAAACAUUUCAAUAACAACAAUAACGGUGUAACAAGAAAUAAAUUCAAAGCUUAUCACAGAGAUCUCAAACCGAAACGGGAACGAAACGAACCACUGUGUGAAAGUAAUCGUAAUACUGUCCACAUGAAUACACCAACUGAGGAGUACGAUCCUCCAUUUUUUGUCGAAAUUCGUUGUAAAAGUAUUUCUAAUUACGAAAAACAGCAAGGACUCGUUCCAAUUAGGCCACAAACGUGUGUACAAGGUAUGUUACGUUGUGUGCAAAUUUAUAAAGAUCAGCAUUUUUCACGUCGACGAGUUGGCUCUCAUAGUUGGCAUCCGUACACAAUUCCAAACGUGCCGAGCUCUUGUGAAUGCAUGUGGCCUGUGGAUAAAUAUGGACAUCAGGAACUUUGA